AUGGACAGAAUCGUCUGCUCGGAGGCGCCUCUUUGCGCAAAUUGCCUUGCAUUUGUCAAGGCUAUAUCCUCACGUUCUCCCUCUUUCACAGCCACUUCCUUGUCUGGAUAUAAAGGUCCAGGACUCUGGCCACCCUCGAUUACUUGUCACCUCUGCAAGAUGAUUAACAGCGCCAACGCGUCAAAAUUUACACUCACAUCAGGGUGGCAGGAGAGGUUCGGAAACGGCUCCGUUCUAAUCAAUCAUUUUCAUAGAAAUGACAGAGACCCUUCCAGUAAUCAAGGGCCUUUAGCGAGGGUCCAAAUCAUAACUAAGCAUGGGCCCUAUGGGCUCAAGGUCACUUUUGCUAUUUGGUGCGACGAUGAUACGUUGGAUAUCGUACAGGAUCCACCACUACUUUCGGAUAAUUGCCCAGAAGCGUUUGCUCUCGUCACAAAAUGGCUUCGCAAGUGUCGUUUUCAUCAUCAGCAAUGUUUAGAGACCAGAGCAGGCCUUAUUGUCGACGAAAUCCAUGGUCCAAAACUCCCUACGAGAGUACUAGAUGUUAGUAAACGAGAUGAGGGGGUUGUAUCUCUCAUUGAGAGUAACGGCCUGAAAGGAAACUUCUGCGCCCUGAGCUACUGUUGGGGUAAAGGACCCCAAAGCGUGGUCACAACCCGAGAGACGAUCGCGGACCACUGUGCUGGGAUAGAAAUCGGACUUCUCCCACAGACUUUCAAGGAUGCGAUUCAGCUAACGUCUGAAAUUGGUAUCGAUUACCUUUGGAUCGAUAGCCUCUGUAUUGUCCAGGACGAUGAUGACGACUGGGAAAAGGAAGCAGCUGAUAUGGCAAAUGUUUACCAACACGCAUUCCUGGUCAUUGCAGCAGAUGGGUCUUCUCACUCUAACGGAGGCUGUUUUGUGCGACGAGAUGUAUAUCCCAGCGGUGUUGAGCUACCGUUUUACGAUGCCUCGGGCCAGAUACGUAGCUCCUUCUGGCUAUCAAGGGAAAUGGUGGAAGGGAUGUCAAUGGACCCCUCAAACGGGCUUUUACAACAACGGAGCUGGGCUCUUCAAGAGACAUACCUUGCUCGUAGAUCGGUUCAUUUUAUGCCUGGAGGAAUGAGUUGGAGUUGUCAAUGUAUGAGUCUGGGUGAGAGAACAUGGAUGCACCAGGAUACAUUUAAGGAAGAUUGGUACUUCGUCCUGGAAAAGUACUCGCGCUGCAAGCUUACAUACAAGAAGGACCGCCUUCCUGCCAUCAAAGGGCUGGCGAGAGUUUUUGAGGAAGAAAAAGGGGUUGGAUACCACAUGGGGAUUCUUGAUGUCGAUAUCGAAGCACAGCUUCUAUGGAUACUGGAAGGGUUUACGUUGCCGUCAGAGACCUUGGAUGAUGUUCCUUCCUGGUCCUGGGCAUCCCAAGGAGGACCAAAGUCAUUUGCCACAAGGUCAGGCAUCCCCAACCAACGCGCAAGCGAAACAACAAUGAACUUAGUGAUGGAGCCAAAUGGGGUAAUUCGUUUUACUGGCAAUUUGGGCAAGUGUGAUAUUCACGGAAAUUCCCUCACAUUCGGCGAUUUGGAUGAAGAAAUAAUGGAUGGUGAGGAUGGAGAAGCAUCUGAGGAAGAGGACGGAGAAGUAUCUGAGGAUCCCCAUGAGCCACACACAUUUCUGCUCGCUUGGUUCCUCAACUUCUUUUUCGAAAGACACGAAUAUCAAAUCAUGUAUGGCGAAGACCCAACCUCGCAACCCAUUGGCUUUGCCGCUCCGGAUGAGCCUUAUUUCGGGAGUUGUUACACUGCCUUUCUUUGCGAAACGGAAUGGGAUAACAUCAGUGCCCUGUCAAAUGAAUUUGGAAGACUUCAUAAGUUCCCAUCUCCGCCAAACCAUCCAAGUCGCCGGCUGCAUUGGGUAUUGCUUUUGGCUCCUGCUUCCGAGCAUGAGAAUGCGUUCCGGCGAGUCGGUGUCGGUGCUGUUUGGCGUGAUCCUGAGAAUGAUGUCACGGCAGCACAGAAGGUUACGAUUGACCUAGUGUAG